AUGGCACUCUGGGUCAUAUGGUCUGAAAGAAAUAAUGUUUUGUGGAAUGGGAAUUUCUUCUGUGCAUCUAAUGCUGCUCAAUGGGCUAGUAAAUUUCUUGAGGAAUAUCAGCAACUUCAUGUGCAUGGAAAUGUGAAAGGUAAAAGGGAAAAGACCAAAUGGCAGAACCCUCCUAGUGGGCGUCUAAAAGUGAAUGUGGAUGAGAGUUACCGGGCUGAUUAUAGUGAUGGUGGAGUGGGAGUUGUGAUACGUGAUGAAAAUGGUAUGUGUUUGUCAGCUCUGGCUCGGUAUUUCCCACAUGCUUCAUCUGCUUUACAUAUGGAGGCUGAAGCAUGUAGGGCUAGGCUCUUAUUGGCAAUCCAUCAGGACAUGACCGUUAUUGACAUUGAGAGUGAUUGUUCCCUUGUUGUCACUGCUCUACAGCGUGAGGUGGAAGAUAGAUCUGACAGUGGGCAUAUUAUCGAUGAUUAUGAGACUCCUGUUAUUAUUCGGGAUGUUCUCUAUAAGGAUGUUUGUAAUCUUUCUAAUGUAGCAUGGGGUUCAGGUACUUUUGAGUCUGUAAAGACUGUAUUUUGUAAUUUUCGUUAUAAGUUGAAGAAACAUUUUGAGAAAUUUUCAACAAUCGAGGAAGCAAUUGAAAACAAACACGAUGAUGUCAAGACUCAGGAAGAAUGGGAGUUUCUCUGUGCUCGUUUUUCUAGUGAAAAGUUUCAGAUUCGUUCAGAGAAGAAUGCUAUAAAUAGGUCAAAGUUGACACAUCACCACAAAGCUGGGUCAAAGUCAUUUAUGUCUCACCAAGAGCAAAUUGCAGCACAGACUGGAGAGAUGCAAGGUGCAAUUGAUCGCUUUGAAACAGAGUACAAAAGCACUAAAAAAGGUUGGGACUUGGGAGCAAAAGCAAAGUGGGAUGAAAUGAUUAAGAUGCGAACUGAGACAACUCAACCUGAUGGAACUCGGACAAUGACAGAUGAUGAAAUUUGUGCAAAAGUCCUCGGAGUCAAAUCAGGCUACAUCAAGGGUUGUGGUUUUGGCCCUAGACCUCCACCAUCAAGGGUCUCUCAUUCGUCGAUAAAUGAAAUGUCUGAAAAGAACAAAGAGUUGCAAGAACAGCUUCAAGAGACCCAACACCUUGUAGGGACUCAACAACAAAAGAUUGAUGCACAAAAUGAGGUGAUCCAAAGAUUGGAGGAGCAAGCCAAAAAGUUUGAGGAGUUCAUGGCUAACUUUUCCAGGCAACAUCCAUCAAGUUAGUAUCUUUAUUAGAGAACUUAAACAUGGAGAAAUAAUUUUUUAGAUCAUCUUGAUUUUGUUAUUGGUUUUAGACUAUUUUUGUUACUCCUUAUGUUAGGAAACACUUUGAUUGUUACUUUG